AAGAACUGGGAAGUUUCAAUCCCCUACGUUUUCUCACUGCUCACAUGACGUGUAAUAUGUGUAUGUUGGUACUAAUGUGUGCUGUUGAUUGACUGUGUUAUUGCGGACAGCAGUUUGGAGAAGUAUUAAGUACUAGUUUGUGACUGAGUUUGGCUGUUUUACCUUAAGAUGACUGCAUUAAAGGAAGUAUCAAGCAACCGCAGUUUUGGAGGGUACCAAAAGGUUUUCUCUCAUGACAGCAAGGAGCUUGGCUGCCAAAUGAAUUUUGCAAUCUACUUACCACCACAGGCUGAAGAUGGAGAAGUUCCAGUUAUUUACUGGCUUUCUGGCUUGACCUGUACUGAACAAAAUUUCACCACAAAAUCUGGAGUUCAGCGUUACGCUUCUGAACAUGGCAUUAUAAUUGUUGUGCCAGACACCAGCCCAAGGGGUUGUAAAAUUCCUGGAGAUGAUGACAGCUCUGAUUUUGGUAUUGGUGCUGGAUUUUAUGUGGAUGCUACCCAAGAGCCUUGGAAUAAAAACUACCGUAUGUUCUCGUAUGUUACCAAAGAACUUCCAGAAAUUAUCAACUCAAAUUUUGCUGCUUUAGAGGAAUGUCAGUCCAUAAUGGGACACAGCAUGGGAGGUCAUGGUGCUUUGAUUUGUGCCCUGAAGAAUCCAGGAAAGUAUCGUAGUGUUUCAGCAUUUUCUGCAAUUUGCAAUCCAAUUAUUAGUAAAUGGGGACAGAAAGCAUUUUCUGGUUACUUGGGCUCUGCUGAAUCAGCCAAUUGGGCUGACUGGGAUGCUACUGAGUUGGUAAAAGGAUACAGUGGCCCACCUCUUGAAAUUCUACUGGACCAGGGUAAAGCUGACCAUAACUUGACAACAGAGCUCUUUCCUGACAACUUUAUAAGUGCUUGUAAGGAAUCUCAGGUACCUGUAAUUCUUCAUAUGAGAGAUGGUUAUGAUCAUAGUUACUACUACAUAGCUUCCUUCAUAGAAGAACACAUCAAGCAUCAUGCGACGUACCUGAAGGCCUGAAUGACAUGGCAGCAGUACUGAUAUUGGUGAACUGAGUUACAUACUGUACCAUUUAUUAAACAUAAAUGUACAAGAAUUUGCAGUUAUUUAUGAAAAACUGGUCUCUCUGACAUUGAAAUUAUGUAUAAAUAUAAGCAUAUUAUGUUCAUUUGGUUCAGAUAAGCAACUUUACAUAGCAUUUACAGUCCAUAAAGACUGCAUGUGGUGACCAUGUUGCUGAAUGAAAUUAAAAAUAAAACAGUUUUGUGUAAUUGUA